ACAGCGCGUCAGUCAAUACCAGCGUGCGCUGCUGAUCUCCGGACUCCGGGUGUUGCUGAUCUGAUCCACUGUGGUGUUGUGGUGUGUGGUUCUUUUUUUUAUUGGUUAGCACCCGCAAUAACAGUACACCAGGCCCGACGUCAUUGCGCACACCGGCCAGUGUGUGUUUAGGUCCCCGAUCUCAGUACCCAACAUAACCAGUGCCUGUGUGUAUGUAUGUGUGUGCCUGUGUGCUUGUGACGGAGGCAUCGAUAUAUCGCUGGACCCGGUGCGUACUGACUUCUGUCUAUUGCCACGCACAAGUCUGAAACCUCAGUCACAACCGUGUCCGUCAGGAGCGUUAACGUUCGCGACCCGGAGUUGGAGCCCGCAAACCGCAACCGACUAACACAAAACUCGCCCGCAACGAAGGACAAGAAGUAGAGCCAGGGGAGAACGAAGAAGAAGAAGAAGAAGAAGAAGAAGGGGUAGAAAACAACCGCAGUCACCACCGUGCCAGCCCGACGGUAGCUUCACCUGCCAGCCAACACGGCGCCCAGUGAUAGAUAGUAGUUAGUGAAAGCAACAGCGCUUUAGAGAAAAAUGAAUUUUCUCGGCGCUGUUGGAGGUGAUGGAGGUGACGAUGAGAACGACAAAGAGAAGGAAGAGGAGGCAGAGCGCGAACGCCAGGAGGCGAUCCGCGAGGCCGAGGAACGACGCAAGGAGAAGCACCGCAAGAUGGAGGAGGAGCGGGAAAAGAUGCGACAGGAAAUCCGAGACAAAUAUAACAUAAAGAAAAAGGAGGAAAUCGUUGAACAGGCACCCCAGGAGGAACCGAACCCGCUGAUGCGGAAGAAGAAAACGCCCGAGGAGCUGGCGGCCGAGGCGGAACAGGAGGAUCUAGACGACUUCACGAAUGGCGAACCAUCAACCGGUAACCGAAAGUUGAAAAACUCCAUAGAGACGCAGGUGAACGAGAUCAAGACACAAAUCGAAGGCAAAUGCUCCUUGCAGUGAUUGUGCAACGUAUCGUGCGUACUCUACCAACCAAGUAUUCAGUAAUAUUUGAUGACAUCAGUCACAUCAACACAGUCACAUAACAUCAACACACACCCGGCGUGUACAGUGUGCAGCAGACGAGUCAGACCACCAGGCCAAAUGUAUGUGCAGCGAUCGUACCAGUUAGAUGAACCAGUUGCAGAAGUCAACCCCUGCACAGGGAUCGAUCGAAAUGGUGGAGCCAUUUGCUAUAUAAGGCACACAGCCGUACCAACCUAAACAAAACCUCAUCCCAGCACCUCGACAACGUUCGAGCAGGAACCUGACAGAAGAGCAAUAACUGAUCGUACAUCGGUGUGAGACGAAGGCAACCAGUAACACGUGUGAUGAAUCUCACAUUCUCCCACACAGUUGGGAGAAGGAAUUAUUGCAUCCGAUUGGAAGCAUCCGGUCUGUGUAGCUGCGGUACAAAGAUUCAGCAAUUUAAUGCUUCACCAAAUUUAACUGGUACUGUACAACAACGGCGACAAAGUCAAACUGACUAACACACACACACACGUACACCCACACACACAUAUUGUACACAAGAACCAGCGUCACCGAAAUGAAAGCCAAACACGGAAACCACACAGAGACACACACCCACGCACCGGACAUUACGAACGAAUGUGUGGAAGGCUUUCGGGACGGGCGCGUGCAUUCCACCAUGAAGUAGUUGUGAGUAGCCAAGCCCGUGUGCAAGGAAAACCAAACAAACGAAAAUCCAACGGAGAGCAAAACAAAAGUAAUAAAAGAAAAAUAUUCCCCAAAAUUGUUAAAAAAUAUUAGGAGCCCUUUGCGUAAAAAGGAUGAAAACAAAACAAAAACAAAAAAAAAACACAAAAAAAUAAACCACUUAGCGAAGUAAAAGAAAAAACAAACAAACAGUAAAUUAGUAGUGCAGUAAACAAAAGUAAAGUAAAGAAGGAAAAAAAAGAAAUUGAACUUACAUCAGGCAAAUAAAUAAGCAAAAAUUGUGAUUAAUCUCCCCGAAACAAAAAGAAGUAGAAGAAGAAGCGGAAGAAGAAUACACACAACACACAAACGAAAGCUUCGACUAACCAAUGGCAGAGGGGCAGUGGAAAACUAGAAAUGUGGAAAAACUUUCGUUCUUUCAAUACUAUACAAAGCAGACAACACUCUGUUUCUUCUAUCUCAAACAAAAAGUAGACUUUCACCCUUCCUCCGUAUAAAAAACACACACACACAAUACAGAGAUUAAUGUAAGCUUUGUUUUUGUAGAGAAACAAUCGUUAUCGCAUCAUGACGUGCCGUCGUGGUUAUGUUAGCAAAUGCCCUUUUCCGUUGAGCUUUCUGCACGAAAGCGUUGUUGAUUACGUUGCUCUGUUUGCGAUUGCUGAAAAUUGUAUAUGCUUGAUUGGCCACAAGACGACGAAGAUGAAACUUACAAACAAAAACAAAUGAACACACCUUUCGCGAGAUUCCUUUGGGGAUGGUCGUGUAAAGGGUACAGAGAUGUAGCAACUACAUCAGAUCGGUUUCAAUGCGUUGCCGGUUCGGGUUUUUCUUUGCGAAGGAUUCGAAGCGACUUGGAAUCGCUUUUCCACUAUUUCCAUGCCACGGUAUCGCAAAACUUGUCGGUGUUGUUUUCAUUUGUCCUCUAGUGUGGCUCGUGUGCGCUUUGCCUACCACUUCCGCAGGAAUACUACUGGCGCGUGCACAUCCACACACUACUGUCCCCUGUGGACAACUUUCAACCAGCUUCACCUCCUUUUUCACUUGCUACGUUUCUCUUGCUCUCUGUCUCUCUUUCUCUCUCUCUCUUUCUCAGUCUAUUUCUUCGUCCUUACCUUUACAAACCCUUAACCGCGUGGUAAAUGUUUGUGAUAGAGUUCCAAAGUGAUAAACAGAAACAAAAAUGGCAGACGAGUAGAAGUGCUACGCACUGAGAGCAAGAGCAGUGGGUGUGUGUGUGUGUGUAUGUCAGCGGUUUUUUGGAGCAAAGAAGCAAUGACAAGUGCCGCGUCAAACGGUCGAAAGUGGUUGGCAAACUUUAUUCUUACUGAUUCUCCAACAGGAAGCGCAAAUCCCCCGCAUACGCUGCUCUAGCGCAGGGCAGCUGCAAUUAAGAGUCAUAAAAAAUAGUAACCAUAAACGCCCCGCCUCGGCAAAACCAACGGAAGCAACGCGGCUCGCCGUAGCGCUUGUGUGCGUUUGUGUGUGUGUAUGCUUGUUGUGCCCACCGGGUGGCACAUUUCGUGUUAGUUACAAAAAGAAGAAAAGAAAAAAAAACACAACAAAACCCAAAAAAAAACACAUAUUUUUCGCGUUGUCUUUUUUGAUCGUUAGCCCAGUUGAUUGAAA